UAUUUACAUAUUUUUAUGCAUGUUUUUAUGCGUCCAUUUAAAAGAGCGAUGGCGUGCUAUUUGUUAGUUUUGGUAUGGGAUGCUUCUGUUGUAAUGAAUAGCCUGUUGUUCUAAUGCGCCGAGCAGAAUCCUCACAAACUUCUUUCCAAAUAGAUUUUUUUUAAUCCUCUCCCAUUACAGGCAUGAACAUUUUUUUGUGCUGGGUGCGUGUCAUUUUGCAGGUGUGUGUUGUGUGCCUUUGUUUUUCUCUUGGGUUGAGGUGUGGUGUUGAACUUGGCUGAUCUCAACACACUAGUCUAAAUGCUGUUUUGCCUUCUAUGGAAACACCCGAUUCGCACACAAUCAUAGGACGUCCCUGCGGUAGUACCUGCCGAUAUACUCAGAACGGGCACAGAACCCUCAGACUGACUCUCCACGAGCAGAACCAGCACCAGCCGCCCACCACAGAUAAGCCAAUUGGCAGAGCUUUUGCUUUGGUACAACCAAACUAUGAGCGGCAGCCAUUGAAGUCUGAUCUGAUCAAGCAGUCUGAAGACCAGGGUGAGGUCAUCAAGGUAUAUCUAGAAGACCGCAAAGAGGCCCAAGCCAGACACCAACAGAGUCUAAAGAUGCUCUCAGAGGAAGUUUCACAAAUACAGGAGGUGAGAUAUUGUCUAAAAAACCUCAGAGAGCAGAUGGCAGCUAAAAGUCACAAGACAGAACAUAAGCUGGUGUUAUCUGAUCCCAGAAAAGUUAAUGGCACUCAUUCAUCAUUAACACAGGCCCUAAAUGGUUUAGAAAGACAGGAUAGCAUGGAUGAGCAAGAAAAAGAGAAGAUGAGGGAGGCCAGUAAGCGUCUGUAUGCUCAACUCCAGGAGGCCGAGAAGAAACACCAGGAAGAGAGAGAACAUUUGCUGGCCGAGGCACAGCAGUAUAAGCAGCAGUUAUCUGAGCAGAGCGAGUAUCUGAAGAGGGUUCAGCAGAGCAAAGAGCAGCAGGAUCAGCAGAUCGAAGACCUGAGACGUCUCAUGGGCGGCAUGGAGCAGGAGAGCUCCACCCUCAGAGACCAACUCAUGACGAGAGAAGCCGAACUCCUGCAGCUCCGCGAACUGAGGGAGGAGGGUUAUGCAGGGAGGGAGAGGUUAGAAGAGGUGGAAAAGGAAAACGCAAUUCUGAAAGAGAAGAUUCAUCACUUGGAUGACAUGCUCAAGAGUCAACAGAGAAAACUACGGCAAAUGAUUGAACAGCUUCAGAACUCGCGGAUGGUGAUUCAGGAGAGAGACAGAGUGAUCAGAGAGCUGGAGGAAAAGGUGGCCAUGCUGGAGGCAGAGAACAAACAAAUGCAUGAUCAGCUGGAUUACUACCUUGGGAGUCAAAGGUCAAACUCGUACCUGCCAUCAGAUGGCAAUUCACAGAUUGUCUACAGCAAACCUCUGAGACCAUCCACCCAGACAAACAAGAGCCUGCCCUUCAUCAAGGUCAUCGAAAUUAAAUCAUGAACCUUACCACAACGACAUCAUGUGACAACGGCACCAUCCUCCUGUAAACAGUGAAGGAGAUCACCAGCAACAUCACAGACCUUCACCAAAUGACAUGCGAUUGCUUUAAUGUCUAAAGGCCUUUCCUGCUAGAAUACUACUAACAG